AUGUCUGAUCAAUUAAAAGUGGUUUCAAGCGAACCUGUCGAAUUAGAUGAUGAUAAAAAGACUUCACCAAACACUGAAGAAGUUAAAGAAGAACCCAAAACUGAAGUCAAAGUUGAAUCAAAAGAUGAAAAACCUCAACCAAUUGAUAAAGAUGAAGAUGCCCCACCAGCACCUCCAAGACCUGUUGAUCCUGUCACUCAAUUAAAGAAAGAAUUGAAAGAUGCUUUCCCAUCAAUUGAUGAUAGAUUGAUCACUGGUAUAUUAAUUGCAUCUCAAGGAGACUUAGAUUUAUCAUUUAAUGCGUUAUUAUUCAUCAGUGAUGAAUCUAUGGAAGAACCACCAAUCCCCGUCAAACCUCCAGUUCCAAGUAAAGCAGGAUUAAGUAAUACUAAACCUGAAUUAACUGACGAUGAAAAGUUGGCUAGACAAUUACAAAAAGAAUUCGAAAUGGAAGAACGUAGAAGAAGAAGAAGAGCUAAACGUCAAGAACAACAAUUACAAGAUGAUGAUUCUCCAGAUGAAUUUGAACAAAUUAAACAAAAUUUCAAUCAAGGAUUAGAAGAAGCCAGAUCAACAUUAAACGGAUGGAUCUCAGGAGUUGCUAAAAGAUUCGAUAACCCUAGUGGUCAAUCAACUAAUUCUAAUCAAAAUCCUAAAUUAUUCGGAGCUUUAGGAGGUUCUCAAUUCAAAAAGAACAAAUUUGAUGAAGAUCCAGAAAUUUUAGAUCAUAAUUUCCAUGAAAAGAUUAAAUUGAAUGACAACGAAGAACAAGGUCCAACAUUACCUAGAAGAAAAACUGAUCAAUCAAUCAAUAGUAAUCCUGCUCCUGUUAAUUCUGAUGCCUUUUUGGUUGAUGAUAGUGACGAUGAUGACGACAAAAAGGAUAUCAAAUUAUAG